AUGCUCAGCAACAUCGGAGUCCUCGCCGUUGCUCUUCUUGGGGCCCUUCCCACGAGCUUAGCAUGCCUAGGGUACGAGGGCGGUCUGCCUAAGGCCACUUCCAACAAACAAAUAUCUGCUCCCAUCUACGUCAAAUCUGGUGAGGUCUUUGACGGCGGUUGGGCCAAAUAUGAUAGGAACCCCACCUCUUGCAGAGAGCAGGUGGAAGGAGCUUUCGUUUUGCAGAAAGGUGCCACUUUGCGAAACGUCAUCAUUGGAAAGACGGCUGGGGAGGGCGUUUACUGCCUGGGAGGGGGAUGCAACAUCGAAUUCGUCUGGUUCGAAGAUGUUUGCGAGGACGCCGUCUCCAUUAAGAACGACAAGGCCGGUGAUGUUACCUGGAUUGUUGGAGGAGGAGCCUACCACGCAGCCGACAAGAUCAUUCAGCAUAAUGGCUGCGGUCGUGUGAACAUCAUUAACUUCUAUGCAAACGAUUACGGCAAGGUCUAUCGCUCGUGCGGAACAUGCGAGAAGUGCGCCCGUGAGGUUUACAUCGAGGGCGUGACUGCCCGCAAUGGAGGCGAGGUGGCCGGAAUCACCAAGGCCAAUGGCGACAAGGCAACUCUGAACUACAGUGGUCCUGGCGUCAAGGACGGCCCUUGCUGA